UCAGUGAGUUCCCGGGCAGGCAGCCACGUCACGUUCUGUAAUCCUCGCACAAACAACCCAUGUUUUCCUGACCCGUGGAUGACCUCAUGGGUUGAACUUCACUGUACGUCCUUUUCGUCGGGUUCCAAGUCCGUCCGGAGUCCAUCCCCAGCGAGCUGCAGCCGUCCUGUUUACCAGCACGGGGGAGAGGAGACUCAACAUGGCUCUGUCCUGGUUACUUUCCACGAGAGUUCUCCUACUUGUGUCUUCUCUAUGGCUGGCAGACGGUAUGAACAAGCAGGAUGGGAAUAAAAUGACAAUCAACGAGCUUUACGGCGGCCAUAUCCUGUCGCCUGGGUAUCCUGACCCGUACGCUGACGACACCAGCUUCUUCUGGAACAUCACCAUGCCGGAAUCAUUCCACGUCCAGCUCUACUUCUCAGACUUCGACCUAGAGAGCUCCUACUUGUGCGAGUAUGAUUAUGUCAAAGUCAUGGAGGGAGACAAGUUGGUGGGGCUGUUCUGUGGUACGGAGGACACGGAUACAGAGAAGGUGCCCGGAGACCGUGUUAUAGAGUCUGUGGGCAGUCAGCUCAGUCUGGAGUUCAAGUCAGACUUCUCCAACGUAGACAGGCACAGGGGAUUCACGGCGCACUACAGAGUGGUCGAUCGUGACGAGUGUGCAGUAGAGAACGGCGGCUGUCACCACUUCUGCCAUAACUACAUCUCCGGCUACUACUGCUCCUGUCGGGCGGGGUACUGGAUCAUGAAGGACAGGGAAACAUGCAAAUUCGGUUGCAGUCGGCAGGUCCUGACGGCACUAUCCGGCACCAUCACCACUCCGGAGUACCCCCGGCUCUACCCGAAGGUUCUGGACUGUGACUGGAAGAUCCAGGUGGAACCUGGGUACGUGGUCACGCUGCAGUUUGAUGACGACUUCGACGUAGAACAACAUCCGGAAGUGUCAUGUCCUUACGACAAUCUUAAGAUCCAGGCUGGAGACGAGAAGUACGGUCCUUACUGUGGGAAGACAGCCCCUCCCACCAUCACCUCUACAGACCAUAAGAUGCACGUGUUCUUCCACUCCGACGACUCCGGAGAGAACAAGGGCUUCAGGGCAACCUACUUCACAACCGCUCGACCGUGUGAAGCGCUGUCAGCACCAGUGUGGGGCACCAUGGAAGGUUCUAACUUCACCUACUCCCAGCGAGUCAGCUUCACGUGUGGAGAAGGGUACUACCUGGAUGGUCCGGACCACCGCGUGUGUCAGGCAGACGGUACCUGGAGCGGUGUCCAGCCAACCUGUCAACUUGUUAACUGCGGUCCUCUCCCCAACAUCUCUAACGGCGCUAUCGAGGUUGACGGGAACUUCUCGUACUCAGAUAUCGCCAUCUACAGGUGUGACGACUUCUACGAGAUGGUAGGAGAGGGAACGCGAUUCUGUGAGGCCAACGGGAAGUGGUCUGAGACCGAGCCUAGCUGCAAGCCAAUCUGCGGAGAGUCCAGCUUCCCGUCCCGAGACAGGAUCGUCGGAGGAGGCCCGUCCAAGCAGGGAGCCUGGCCCUGGCAAGCCCUGGUCAUACACCAAGGGGCGCCACGCAUCAGGAAGCCGUUCUGUGGCGGCGCUCUGGUGGAUAAGAGGUGGAUCCUCACAGCGGCACACUGUGUAGGAGAGAACGACGUCCUGCCCACCGGUUACCUCAACGUUAGUCUGGGGCUGCACAACAGGAAAGAGCCAGACAACAACGUCGUCUACCUGGAGGUGGGGAGGAUCAUCCGACAUCCCGACUGGAACAAGGACAAUUUCGACUCAGACGUCGCCUUGCUGGAACUGAGAGAAGAGGUAAACCUGACGGACUACAUCCGACCUGUUUGUUUGCAGAGGACAGCUCGGGAGAGGAGCGGGCAGGAUGUGCAGGAAGGGCGGGCUGGUGUGGUCACAGGCUGGGGCAGGACUUCUAACCUCUUCGGCUCGGAGCCAGGUAUCCUGCAAGAAGUGGAGGUGCCAGUAGUAGACCAGGAGGAGUGCGUCUCGGCGUAUAAGGAGGACUAUCCGGUAACGGGAAACAUGAUGUGUGCGGGACUCAGGGUCGGCGGGAAGGACUCCUGUGAUGGGGACAGCGGAGGUCCCCUGCAGUUCCAGGAUCCGGACACCUCCCGCUUCUACGUGGCCGGCGUCGUGUCGUGGGGCCAGCCUGGGGAGUGUGGAAGGGCGCGGAAGUACGGAGUGUACGCCAGAGUGGAGAACUUCGUACAAUGGAUCAAAGACACGAUUGCAGAAGAGUAGAUGUAAUGAAUGAAUAUUCACCAUAUUGCCAAAAAAAUGUUUUCUUAUUGCACUCCUCUGCCAUAAUACAUACCUACAUUGUAACAUGUGGAGAAUACAUUUUGUCGAUUCCUGUGAGCACAAGGAUGACACAACACAAUUAUUUGUAAUUUUAUAAUAAUUUUAAAGGAAAGAGGUCUGGCUCCGGUCCAGUUUACAGAGAAAUGUUGAUACCAGCUUUCAUUGUGAACUCGACCACAAGUACAAGUGUUGCAAUUUUCACGAAACAGUUACCAUAUUGUUGAACGAGCUCAUGUACAUGUAAUACCAGUUGUAAUGCUGUAAAUCAUAAUUUGUAUUAAAGAUUCAAAAUGUUGGGGUUGAGCAAACAAAUAAAGUCAUAACAAGUGCCUUUCUGUAGUCUGUAUAAAAGUA